CGGUACUCGCGAACGACGCACCGCAGAAAACGUAUAAACGAACGUGCACACGCCACGGAUAUAUAUAUGUACAUAUAAAAAAGAGAUACAAUACGGUAUAUAUAUAUAUAUAUAUGUAUGUAUAUAUAAACGAAGAAUCGACCAAAGCCCAAAAAGACCGCGCGCGCCACCCGAAAAGCUAAAGUCUUUCGGGAAAGUUUUUAACGAACGAGUGUCCGCGCCAGCGAGGGAAGAAGUGUUCCGCCUGCGGAUCGCAGGCAGCUCUAGUUUUUCAUCGCAUCCUUUUUUUACUUUUAUACACAUAUACACACACAGAGACACAUUCACGUAUAUAUAUACCCGUCGAAAGAAAAUCUUAUAUGUACAAAAAGAAAAACGCACGACCACGAAAUCAAGACGAAAUAACGAAAUCGUAACGUUUCUUUUUAUUAAUCGCCAACGCGCAAUCAUACUGAAUAUAACCGGACGCAGUUCCUUCAGUGAGUUUUCUACGUGUACGAGUGAGUUGAGUGAAUUUUUGCUAUUUUUUUAUACGACAAUACAGAGAGAGAGAGAAACAUAUAUAACACAAAACACUAUAAGCAUCGCCAAUUGGAUAUCCAUCGUAUCACCAAAUAAUCUCGAGUCGACCAACCUGGCAGUGACAGCAGUGACACAUCAGUGCAAGAGCAGUGAUUCCAGUUAAAUCAUCGACAGGAUCAGUCCAGCAUUCGUAACAUCGAGGGGAGAUCCUUUUGGCCGAGUCGGAGAAGGAUCCGUGCUGGAAGCGCAGAAUCCGGGGAAGCGAGAGGGUGCGUCCUUGGGAAAGGACAUCGAGGCGGCUGACUGAUCCUGCUGAGCCAAGGAUAAGGGAGGCCGACUUGGAAGGGCCGUGGGAGCUUUGGGAUUCGCGAAUCAGCUCGAGGGACAGCCCGAAAAUUCUUCUCUCCAAGCCCAAGAUGCACAUAGAGGUGCAGGUGGCGUUAAAUUUCGUGAUAUCCUAUCUGUACAAUAAGCUGCCACGACGGCGGGUCAACAUCUUCGGCGAGGAGCUGGAGAAGGCGCUAAAGGACAAGUUCAAGGGUCACUGGUACCCCGAGAAGCCGUUCAAGGGCUCGGCGUUCAGAUGCCUGAAGACGGGGGAUCCGGUCGAUCCAGUUUUGGAGCGAGCGGCCAAGGAGAGCGGCGUGCCGAUCCAGGACAUCCUGGAGAACCUGCCGACCGAGCUGGCCGUCUGGGUGGACCCUGGUGAGGUCAGCUACAGGAUCGGCGAGAAGAGCGCCGUGAAGAUCCUCUAUUCGGAGGCGGCUGAUCCUCACGACGAGACCUCGGCCGAUCGCGAGGUCACCAAGACCUUCAAUCCCGAGGCCCAGUGCUUCAGACCCAUCGAGGCCGUCGGCACGUCCUUGGGUGGAUUGAGCCUCAGCCCCAAGUCCACCUCGCCUUUCCCAUCCUCGAUCGGCAGCAACGCCAGCAACGGAUCAUCCAACAACCAACAGAACGGCCACGGGUCAGGCUCGUCGUCGGCGCCGUCGCCAACCCCGCUCGCCAGCUCCUUCAAGGGUUCACCCAGUCCAGUGCCAGCCUUCAUUCCGCGCACCACCGCACCCUUGACCUUCACCACGGCUACCUUCGCUCAAACCAAAUUCGGCAGUACGAAGCUCAAGACCAGCAGCAAACGGGCUAACAGACCUGACGGUUUCAGAAUGUCGCCCACCGAGUUCUCGAACUACAUAAAGCAACGCGCCAUUCAGCAGCAGAUUCAUCAUCAUCAUCAUCACCAUCAGCAGGCCGGUUUACCGGUAUCCCAGAGUUCACCAUCCAGUCGUUCCCUGUCACCCGGCAUAGUAGGAGGUCAACAGCACACGGAUCCGAGCGCCUACUUCUUCCAGCACGGUCCCUAUCAUCCUCAGUUUCCGCAUCGCAACAUCUUCGACUCUUCGAACCACGGCUACCUGCCCGACCUGUACGGCGCUAAGUUCCCGUCGUCCUACCUGGACCCAAGCUCCAUCGGACAUCAGUUCUACGGCGGCGUGAGCGGCUCCCAAGCCUCGGGCAACCUGGGCCCGGUAGGCUCGACCGCGAGCACCACCAGUCAGCAAGCCGACAAGGCCCUGGUCGAGGGCCUCAACAACUUCGGACUAGGAAGCGUCACUCCGUAUCCGGCGAGCCAGUACCAGCAUCUUCUCGUCGCCAACUAAUACCCCACACACCUGGCCCCAUCGCGCCCCCGCGUCCCUCGUCCAUCCUCGGCGGUCUGAUCCAAUGAGAAUCCUCCUUGUGACCCGUCAUCGUCAUCGGGUUCCGAGUGCCGUUUUUUUCAGGAACCAAAAACAAAAAUAAGAGCUCAAACGUCGAUGACUCGAUGAAUUGGUUCCACUCUGGUGGUAGCCGGGGAUCCUCUUUCUGAAAUAACGAUUUGCAACCUCACGUCGUCCCUACGUGGGAUAACGUCCCCGUGAACAAAAUUCCCAGAGAAACUGAUUCGACCCAACCGAUGCACGAUGACGAUGACACGGUCCAGGAUUCUCGUGUCGAGGAUGACGAAGUCGCGGGAUUUACUUGAGAGAGACGGCUUUGCUCCGAUCGUCAUUUUUUGGUAAGCAACCACUGGAUCGUGCAGGCAUUGUCCUUGUAAAAGUUGCUUCUUGUCGUACGCUCCUGAUUCUUCUAUAUGAUAUAGAGACAUGAAAUACCUUCCUUCAAGAUCCCUCCAAGGACACGAGAAAAACCCACCUAUAACGCUAGACAGAAUUUCUCCGGUAGAACGAGUCGAAAAGGCAGGCAAACCGCAGGGACGCGAUCGACUGUGCGAGAGUGCGCAUGCGCGGGUGCUUGUCGCUGUCGCUCAAUUCCUGAGACUUUCUCGAAGGCGUCCGCGAAGAGAGCGACAGCGAAGAGUACAGUUACGUGAGAGAGCGUAUGAGAGAGAAAGAGAGCGGAAGAAUUCGUAAGAGCGCUUCGGUGAGCGAAUCUGUAUGCGUGAGUGAGUGAAUGUGACGUUAAGAAAAAAAAAGAGAAAAAAAAGAGCAUAAAUGGAAGCUAACUGAAACACCCGGUACGUACCUUGAAUGCGCGCGUAGAGUUUGUUUGGCAAGGUGUUGGGGCUUUUUGUACGUGUAUCUGUACGAUCCGUGUGAGCGUUUGAUCGAUUGACGAUCGAUCAGGGUGAAUACGAGUGUUCAAAUAAAGUUCCAACAUCGAGCGAAAGCAAACGCUGCGGCAAGCUGGGACAUUAAAAAAAAAAAAAUAUUACCAAGGUGUAAUAAUUUAUUUUUUCACUGGUAUAGUCGGAGAUUAAUAUAUCUGUAGAGCCUAUGUAUUAUAUUCAGAUGCACUCAACGGGUUAUGGCGAAGCGGUAUAGGGAAUUACUACUUACACGGAUACUUUUUAACGUCCGUCUCCAAAGCGUACUUCGGUACUGGCUUGGGGCAAAAGAAGAAAUAUAAUGAAAAACUAGCGAAACUAUGUAAACGAAGGAAUUACAUCGUGAAGGGAAGAUUUAUUCGCGCGAGACAACAGAUAUGCAGAUUAGCUGUGUGCGAUUGGCCAGGAAUCAAACUACGUAGAAUCGAGAUGCGAGCUAAUGCCCAUUUGGAUGGGUGUGCCGGGAGGAUUGACAAAAUGCAAAAGUAAAAAGGAAAAUGGGAGAAACGAUAUGCGAGGUAACGAUAGAUGUCCAAAGACGAAGUACUCGGAGUCUCGUACCGUUUGGAAAAUUCGUCUUCGGUAAACGAUCUUACAUUUUAUUUUUAUAAUAAAUGCCGUAGAAAUAGAGGUGCGCGUAGAUGACGUAAGUGGCGCUGUUGCAUCAAGCGCGAAAAAUCGCGCUAACGAUCGACGAUGGCCUUUCUUGUCGCGAUCGUCCAGUCGCAGGACUUCGAAAAAAAUAUAUAAAAAAGUGAUUCAAGCAAAAAUCAUAGGUACCCUCCAAUGAGUCCGGUGCUCCGUUGCCGGCCGAUCUAAACACACUGGAUGAUCGUACCUAUGCUCGAAAUCGGCCCGGGCCGAUGAUUGGUCGAAAAACGAAAAUGAAAAAAAAAAUUUGAUAAGAAUAAAAAGAAUGAUAGUUCAAAAGGACUACAAGGUAACAUCCCGUGGUGGGGGAGAGAACGAGAGGCGCUUAAUAAAGUCAAGUACAAAAUCGAAAUCAAUUAAGUUCCACUCGAUUACUGCCCGCUCGAUUUGAGGAAGGCCAGCAGCGACAAGCCACGUUACGUCUGCGAAUUAAUUAGGUGAUUUACGUAAAAACAAAUUAAGGCCGUACUUAUUGUUACAAGGGCAAUGAUCUCAAAGGGGAUAACGGAACGCUCCGAUCCCGCGUCUCUGUGUCUGAAUCUGUCUGUGCUAAUCGGGGAAUCCCCUUUCGGUGUCACUCUCAAGGAUAACAGGCUUCACGGGGAUUCCCCUAUUCGCAGUCGCAGAAUCGGAGCGUCCUCUUAAUCCCGAGUGUUGCGCUUGGCGAUGAUCAAUAUGGCGGAGGUGCCGCGAGCCGCGGGCCGGGCACUAGGUGCUACAAGUAUUAAACGUUAUCCUGGCAUCGUGAGACAAAUAUUCGAUUGCGCAUCCCGAUCGUCUGAGCAUGGACCAGUCCCUGGUGUAUCCUGAUCCCGUAGAUCCAGGGGGAUGACGGAUCGGAGAUCCCAGGCCACGUGCUCGGCGACGUGGUUGUCGUUGGUACGUGCAACAAAUAAAGAAAAAAGAAACAGAAGUAAACUGAUGAAUUUUCGAAUUAAAGAACGGAGAGUGUUGAGUGUGAGAAUCGUGAUGAAACAGAAAAAGAGUACGAGAGGGUGUGAGUGAGAGGUAGCGAGAGACAGUAGUGAAAGAGAGAGAGAGAGAGAGAGAGAGAGAGAGAAUCAAGCAAAAUAGCAAAAGAGAAAGAGAUACAGAGCUACAAGAGCAGUACCCCCCUAAUAAGAUAUCUAAACUUAAUUAUACUAUUAAAGAUACGUACGACUGUGGUAGCUAUGCUAGUACCUGCUAUUGUUAUAAAGAAAAGUAAUGUGGACAAACAAAAAAAAAAGAAGUAACGAAACAAAUCAUCAAGUCAAGUCUCACCGUGGACUAUCGGUUGUGCAACGCGGUCUAGUCGCGUGCCCAUAGAGAAUAGGUGAAAAGAAAAAAGCCAAAAAAAGAAAGAAAGUCAAAGAAACACACGGAUAACGAGAAAAAGUUAAACCGGGUAGAACAAUAGAGGACUCUGAACGAAGCGCUCGAGGAAACGGGGAUUGUCGUUGUCAUUUUAUUUUUUUUCUCUCUUCUAUCUCCUACCAACCCUAUACUUUUCUUUCUCUUUCGAUCCCGAUGCGUGUCAAUUAUUAAUUUUGUUUUUUUUUUUUCCUCCAAGAAUUUUCGCACUCGCAACCCACUCAGAAUCUGCGCGCGACCUGACCGGUUCCUUUGCACGUUAUUUCUCCAAUACUUUCGGGCGCGGCUAAUCUAACGGGUGUGCGCGAAGGAGGGCACUCUGGUCUUUCGCAACAAUUGCAAUAUACUCGCGAAUCAAAUGGAUCUCGGGUUGGUACGAGAGGCUCAGCUCUGCAAAAAAAUCAAACACGAUGUAUACUCUUUUUAGUGGACGAGGAAAAAAUUUAGGAGAAAAAAGAAAUACAAAAAAGUAAUAGUAAAUAGUUAGCAUACUCCAGGUUUACUCCGCGCGUGUACACAAAACAAAUGACGAUGGGCAUGCAUAUUCAUGUAGGCGAACACACGAAAGGAAUGUAGAGCCAAACGCGUGCAAUACAACAGAGACACGUAUAGUUGGCAGGACACGUGAGACGAGAGGAGCAAAUGUUGGGAAUAUGAAAUAAUAAUAGUAAUAACAAUAACAACAAGAACAUUAAUAAUAAUAAUAAUAAUGCUAAGAAAUAAUUAAAAAAAAUAACACGCAAGUGAGAGAACCUAUCGAUAGAUUAAAAAAUAAACACUUGGGUAUAGAUAUAUAUACAAGAAAAAGAGAGAAAGGCGACAUAUAGUAUUAUACAUUUACAGUACGAUUAAUUAAACAACACUUUGUAUGAAAUUGCCCAUAGUUUUCCAUAAUUACUGAAUGUACUCGUUUAAUGGGACUCUCGUGAGGAAGAAACGAGGGAAGGAGAAUGGGGGGGGAGGAGGAGGAGGAGGAAAAAAAGUAACUAAACCACCGUGUAAACUGGUAAUCUGUCUUUAAAAAUAUCAAGUGUCUAUAUUAGUGAUCGAUAUUGUCUAACGUAACGGAGACGAAGAAAAGAAAAAAAAAAAAAAUGAGAUAAGCCGUGUAAUUAGCAUAGUGACGAUGAUAAC